AUGGCGGAGGUUAAAAAGGAGGAGAAAUCAAGCAGCACCACCAGCAGCACCAACAGUAAUGAAGAGAGCGUAAAACUAUUUGUAGGUCAAGUGCCAAAGCAUGUGACAGAAGCUCAGCUUCUGACAAUGUUCAAAGAGUUCGCUUUGGUAGACGAAGUCAACAUCAUUAAAGACAAGACUACUCGCGCUUCCAGAGGUUGUUGUUUUCUAAUAUGUCCUUCCAGACAAGAAGCUGAUAAGGCAGUUAAUGCUUGUCAUAAUAAGAAAACAUUGCCCGGGGCAUCUAGUCCAUUGCAAGUGAAGUAUGCAGAUGGCGAGUUGGAAAGGCUAGUUAAUUUACCAUGUCACAUUAUGAUUCUUUUUUGUUGUCCUUGCAAUCCAGAACACAAACUCUUUGUCGGUAUGCUUCCGAAAAAUGUUUCUGAAGCUGAAGUAUCUGAUUUAUUCUCUAAAUAUGGAACUAUAAAGGACUUACAAAUACUAAGAGGUUCUCAACAAACAAGCAAAGGCUGUGCUUUUUUGAAGUAUGAGACAAAAGAACAAGCCCUUGCUGCCCUGGAGGACAUCAAUGGAAAGCAUAAAAUGGAGGGUUCAAGUGUUCCUUUGGUUGUCAAAUGGGCGGAUACAGAAAAGGAAAGGCAGGCACGGAGGGCUCAGAAAGCACAAUCUCAAGCUAUGCCCAAUACUGAUUCACAACAUCCGUCAUUAUUUGGUGCCUUGCCAAUGGGAUAUGCUCCCCCUUAUAAUGGAUAUGGAUACCAGGCUCCUGGAGCUUAUGGACUUAUGCCCUACCGCCUGCCACCUAUGCAGAAUCAGCCUGCAUUUCAUAGUAUGGUUCCUCCAGUAAAUCAAGGAAAUGUAUUGCGUGGUGGAAUCAGACCUGACCUUUCACCCAAUAUUUCACCCAGAACUUAUGCUCCUGCUAGCUACAUGGGCUCUGCUUAUCCUACGUUGCCAGGUCUUCAGUAUCCAAUGACAUAUCCUGGAGCAAUGAUGAGUCAUCGGCCUUUGAGUAGUUCACCUGGUACAUUAUCACCCACAGUUGCGAGCGGGAAUUCUGCAACAUCUUCGGGUGUCAGUGGAAGUUCCGGGGGUCAAGUAGAAGGUCCUCCUGGUGCUAAUUUAUUUAUAUAUCACAUACCUCAAGAAUUCGGCGAUCAAGAGCUUGCCAAUGCUUUUCAAGCAUUUGGCAAGGUCUUAAGUGCCAAGGUCUUUGUUGAUAAAGCAACUGGUGUUAGCAAAUGUUUUGGAUUUGUUAGUUAUGACUCACCGGCAGCUGCUCAAAAUGCUAUUACCAUGAUGAAUGGAUGCCAAUUAGGUGGUAAGAAAUUGAAGGUUCAGCUUAAGAGAGACAAUAAACAGGGCAAACCUUAUUGA